GCUGACCCGGCUGCUCUCCCCUUGCUGGCUGCUGCCCCGGCGUGCAGGGCCCGGCAGCCGCCAUGUCCGGCCCGUUGGAGCUCUCGGUGCAGGACCUCAACGACCUGCUCUCGGACGGCAGUGGCUGCUACAGCCUUCCGAGCCAGCCCUGCAACGAGGUUACCCCCAGGAUCUACGUGGGCAACGCGUCUGUGGCUCAAGACAUCCCCAAGCUGCAGAAACUAGGCAUCACCCAUGUCCUGAAUGCUGCUGAGGGCAGGUCCUUCAUGCAUGUCAACACCAAUGCCAACUUCUACAAGGACUCCGGCAUCACCUAUCUGGGUAUCAAGGCCAACGACACACAAGAGUUCAACCUCAGUGCCUACUUUGAACGGGCUGCAGACUUCAUUGACCAGGCCUUGGCUCAAAAGAACGGCCGAGUGAUUGUCCACUGCCGUGAAGGUUACAGCCGCUCCCCAACGCUCGUUAUCGCGUACCUCAUGUUGCGUCAGAAUCUGGACGUCAAGUCUGCCCUGAGCAUCGUUAGGCAGAACCGUGAGAUUGGCCCCAAUGAUGGUUUCCUGGCCCAACUCUGCCAGCUCAACGACAGACUAGUCAAGGAGGGGAAAUUGAAACUCUAGGGCACCCCCACUGCCUCUUCUCUAGAGGUCGGACUGGGGAGGCCCUGGUUAAGGCUUCCCAAGCUGCCAUGUUUAGGAAACACAGUGUACCCUGCUCCCAGCAUCACCAGGCACUUGCCCACAAGUCUGUCCCAACACAGCCCUGGGCCACUCUCCCCCUGGAGGGUGUAUAAAGAAGCUUGCUGAGGAGGGUGUGCUUGCUCCCUGGCGUGUCCUGUGCCUGCAGUUUAUGCUGCCGUCUCCCUGAGGUUGGGGGGGGUGCAGAGGAGACAGCCUGUGACGUAUGCUUCUCCCAGAUGACCCAGGGUGGAAGGUCUGUGGAAACAUAAGGCUCGAGACCGCCACAGGGGCCCCUCCUGACUUCCCCUAGCCCUACCCCACUGCAGAGUCCCCUCCGGAUUGGGGACCGCAGCACCUUGAGCCUCCUAAGGGAACUAUGCAAACGCAGGCCCCUCUCCCACCACCUCUGUCUCACUGUCCCCUCACAGCCAUCCACACCCAGCUCCUCAGCAGAGGCACCUCAGGAGGUCUGAAGCUGGUUGGGGUGGCCAGCAGUGGUUAGUGGAUGCAAAUUGCCAUGAAGAGACUGCAUUUGAAUUAUUUCCUUAGGAUUGAACGUACAUAAACAAAGAGGCCUUGGGUAGGCAAACAAAUUCCUGUGAACUCUCCUAAGUCAAUAGUUUUUUAGAUGCCCGUCUGUGGAAGGCUUGAGUUCAGAAUCCACUGCUUUGGAAUAUUCCCCUCGGAUUGCUCUCAGUUUGUUAGAGCGCUGCCUUGGGCAUGGUUUUAUUUUUCUUUUUUAGAAAACAGGGUGUUGAAGUCCAUCCUAUUUAAAAACCCCACCAUUUGGAGAAUUACAAGGGUUUUGUCCUGAAUUAUAGAGUUGGUGAACCCAAGCCACUCGUGCUAACUGCUUUUUGUCUCGGUUGCUAUUCCAAGAACAGAAAGAGGAAGUUGGCCAAUUACAGCAUGUGUGGAGGGGUGGGGAUGGGGGGUGUGUGUGUAUCUCAGAAACACAGCCAGAGGACGGACAAGCAGAGAGAUGAAAGGUCCCAGGCUCUCACCCUGCCCACUUAUAGGUAGUUCUCACAGCUCUCUGGUGCCAGAAAAAACCCUGGAGCCUUGGGAGCAAAAAUGACUCAGCCAGGCAGAAGUGAAAUGUGGUGCAGCACCCAAAUAGAGCCUUUACUGGUGGGAGAGCAAACAAACAAAAAAAAACACCUUUUUUUAGGAUUUUUUUAGGAUGAUGUCAGAAGGCACUAGUACUCAAUUCACGUGUAUGCACACAUUUGUCAGAAUAUAGUUUUGUUUUGAACAGUCUUGUCAGAACUUUGCAUGAUUAUCACCAUGGAAAGUGCUGCAAUGCCGCCGUCUUCAGGUUCCGUCUCAGCUGUCCCCCAAGUGCCUAGCGUGCCGGGCUCAGAUAAAACUUCAUGCAAUUACAUUUUUCUGAGCACCAAAUAUAUGCAAGGCAUUGUUCUGGUGGGUGUCUCAAGCUCCCAGGAGCCUGAAUUUGUGGUAGGAUCGCUUGCAAGGAUUUGCAGAGGAGUCUUACCUGAAGCAAAGUAUCAGGGAUUUUUGUUGACUAUUUGAAAUUCAGUUUUAAAUUUAAAUUCAGGCAGUGUUAACAUGUUGUGGCGAAUGUGCCUUUUUCAGAGCAACCAGGAGCUUGUGGCUAGGACAAGGAGAGGCAGGUGAGCCUCAGAGCCUCCCUCACAGGCGCAGCAGGAGCAGCGUUGUGCAGCCCUGGCGUCCCUUUUUCUCUGUGACCACAGCAGCCCUGAACCCACUGCGAUCUGUCUUUGUUACACGUACCUGGCUGCCCAGGUAGACCCACUGAAGUGAAAUGGCCCUCCUCUGUAAACUCUGCUCCUCCCUUCGCUGCUUUCUUUCCAGUGACUGUCCCACUUCAUCUACCUUGGUCCUCACAGUGACCCUAUCAGGUUGGGAGAGCUUGCUCAUGUAUUGCUAUCUUUAAAAAAAAAAA